UUUAACUUACAAUUUGCUGGAAAAUGAAGUGUUCAAUGUGCAUCCUAUAAUUACAUAAUUCAUUUAAUAAUCGAAAAUGAUCAAUAAAAUGGCGUUGCCAAUAUCCAACAACAACAACGAGCAAAAGAUUAUUGCAGCAAUUAUGAAUAACAAUAAAACUAAACGGACAACAACGGAAAGAGGCUGCAAGAAAAUCUUGUUCAGCAAUAAAACAAGUAGUCAGUGUGUGAAGCAUAACAGCGCAAACUGCAACGCAAGUACGCACAGCGUUCAUUCAUGUUCCACAGCGACGUUCCACAAAUGUUUUUGCUUGCAUAGAAAUAUUGCCUACUUUAAGGCGCCUAGCAAAUGCAGCAGCAACAGCAGCAGCAGAGGAGUAACACUCUUGACGCUAUAUAACGCUUUCAUAAUAUUUCUCCUCUGCCUGACGACGCCUGAACUCACAAAUGCACGUUCCACAUCAGCACAUCGAUCAGCCAGAGCGAGAGCCGCUUUAAUGGUGGCACCACCGCCACUAGCCGAGUCAUUGGUUGGCAACGCUGCUACAUCCGCUACAAUUUUGAAUUCCACCAUGCGCCUUACGUCUACGCACGAAAAGAAUACAAUCGAAACGAGCGUCGCCACCGGUAAGCCACCGGCGCCGGUUAUGGAGAAUCGACGCGCGCUUAAGCUUGUGCCCUUCAAUAAUGCCUCGGUAGUGUGUAAUGAUGGUUCGCGUGCAGGUUUUUAUCUACGCAAACAUUUGAACUCGAAGAAAUGGAUUGUUUUCCUUGAAGGCGGUUGGCAUUGUUAUGAUGCGCCCUCGUGUCGUGCGCGUUGGUUGCGGCUACGUCAUUUGAUGACAUCGGCACAAUGGCCGGAGACACGUGAUGUUGGCGGCAUACUCUCCCCACUGCCCGAAGAGAACCCCUACUGGCACAAUGCCAAUCAUGUGCUGGUGCCCUACUGCAGCAGCGACUCGUGGUCGGGCACACGCGACACCAUACACGAGACGACAAAGUUCCGUUUUAUGGGCGCCGUCAUCUUACGCAACGUGAUCGCCGAACUGAUACCACUGGGUCUGGGACGUGUUGAAGGUUCAGAGUUACUGCUAGUGGGCUCCUCGGCUGGUGGUCUUGGUGUGAUGUUAAAUUUAGAUCGCAUCACAAAUUACCUGCAACAAGAACGAAAACUAAUGGUAACGGUACGUGGUGUAAGCGAUUCAGGUUGGUUUCUCGAUCGUGAACCCUACACACCAGCGACGGUGGGCUCUAGUGAGGCGGUACGACAAGGCUGGAAGUUAUGGCAAGGCUCACUACCCGAAGCCUGCACGCAGCAAUAUCAGGCCGAGCCGUGGCGUUGUUAUUUUGGUUAUCGAUUGUAUCCAACGCUAAAUGCACCACUCUUCGUCUUCCAGUGGCUUUUCGAUGAGGCACAAAUGCGUGCCGAUAAUGUUGGUGCACCAGUCACGCCACAGCAGUGGAACUACAUACAUGAGAUGGGUGGCGCGCUGCGCUCCUCACUGGACAAUGUCACCGGCGUUUUUGCGCCAUCUUGCAUCGGUCAUGCCGUGCUUUCCAAACGUGAUUGGAUUAAUAUUAAAAUUGAUGACAUCUCACUGCCCAUUGCGCUCCGUUGCUGGGAGCACUCCACGCGACCACGUCGCCGAAGACACAAUCCUAAUAACAAGCAACAUCAACAAGAAUUGGUACCACACGAACGCAGGCCUCAACGGCCCGACAAUCACAUGUCCACGCUCAAGCAUCGAAGACCACCCACAGCACAACACAAGGAGAAGAAGCAGAACAACCUCGACACUCAUAAUGGUGUGCGUCCACGUUUAACUAAAGCGGAGCGUGAAGAGCGACGUCGUUUGCGCCAUGAACGCCAACAACGCCGGCAACGUAAGUUACAGCAACGCAACAAUAACAACAACAAGAAACAUCGCAAUCGUCAUGAGCGCCGCCGCAACGAAGCGGAACGUAAGCGCAACAAAAAUCUGUCGCCCAACGAUAACGUCACCAUAUUGCACGAACAACAUCCGAAUAAAAAGCUACGCACCAACAACAACAACAACAAGCAUAUCAGUAACGGUGUUGAGCGCAAACAACGACUUGAGCGACCAUUGCACAAGGCGCGCAAAGAUCGCAGAGAACGACACCAGCAACAGUUGAAGGCGCAACACACCGGCAAACUUGAGCGCCAACAACAUGACCGCGCCAUCGAGGCGACAACAUCAAUCCAAGUCGUGUCGCAGCAAAGAAAGCACAUGCGUCGCAAUCGCGUGCCACGCGUGCCAGAGAAAUGCGCGCUCCGUCUACUCGAACGUUGCAGCUGGCCACAGUGUAAUCACUCCUGCCCGAUGGUCACCAAUCCACUGACGGGUGAGGAAAUGCGUUUUCUCGAAUUGCUCACGUCAUUCGGUUUGGAUAUCGAAGCUGUUGCCGCCGCCUUAGGCAUCGAUAUGCAGACGCUCAGCAAUAUGGAUCGCGCUGAGCUAAUCAAUCUGUUGACGCAGCAGGCGAGCUGAUCGUCGGUGUAAAUAGUUAGCUACAUAUUUAUACAUAAAAACCGCGUGCUCGAUAGUUAGACCUAAGUAUGUAUGUGUGCGUGUGUGUGUUUGUAUGUACGUGUGAAAUCUUUGUAAAUAAUUAUUAAAUAGAAAUUAAGCGGGAAAAUAGUACAAGUUUUAGUAAAGGUGUGAGUGUUGCAUGUGUUUGUAUGAGUAUUUGCGGCUGCGCUGAGUUGGCGCUAAACAGCGCGGCUUGAGCGCUCUGUUGCCGUUUCGUAUGAUUUGUUUCAUAGUAUUUUAGUUUCUAAAUGGAAGACAAAUAUUAAACCCAGUUUUUAGUUGAAUCUAAUUUAUUGGUUGUUAUUGUAAGCAAUUUUAGUUUAAUUUCGGUUAAUUGUAUAUGUUACAUAUAUAGAUAAGAUUUAAGCCAAAAUCAAGUAUCAAUAUUUAUAACAAGCAGAAAUAUGUGUGAGUUUAUGUAGGAAAGUGAUGAGAGAAGUUAUUAUAGGAAAGCGGUAAUAGAGGGUUUUACACAGCCAUACGCUACCCACAUCAGGACCAACUAUCAAAAUAAAAAUAAAAGCCAUUUACAAACAUCUGAGAAUGAAGCUAAGUUAAAAAAAAAAUAUUUUUUUUUUUUUUGGGUAAUCAAUCUUCAAAAACUCUGCUAAGAUAUUAAGCGCUCAAGGCGCAAAUAUUUUAGUUAGCUCGUUUUCAAAAAUGUCCAAUAUGCACCCUUCAAAACAUUCAUUAUUAUAUGUAUCUCUUUUUUAUUAAUAAAAGUAAAGUAAAAUAGUAAAGAGUACCAGAAAAAACUUCGAAUUUAUUACAAGCAAAUUUUUUUAACCGCUUGUGAAUAACUUUAAUUAGAAAGAAAAAUUCUAAAUCACAGACUUCAAUAUUUUGUAUGCUUAAAGCAUAAUUAAACAACUUCGUAAAUUCCAUUAUUGAUAAUAAUUAAAAAAAAGUUAACUUUUAGCCACGACUUUAAAAUUAAUGCCUAAAAUAUACAGUGAAUACCCUUAACCGGCUUAGAAAACAAAUAAUAAAAAGGGAUAAAAAAAAUAGCUUCAA